UCAGGUCAGAGGAGCGUAAACGGAAGUUCAGGUGGGAAUCGGGGGCUCGGGAUGGCUGUGAGCGGGUUUAAACGGCUUUUUGAAGGCGGACGGAACAUCAUGCGCUCGUAUCUGAUGAUAGUUGUGCUUCUGUUGGACAUUUACUGUAGAUGUGUCAUCGGGUAUCUGAGUUCUCCUCAUGUGGGUCAGGAUCCGCCAUACACAGCCCAGCAGAAGCCUGUGAUGAGCAGCCCGGUGGCUCUGACAGCGUCAUCGGUGCUGUCAGAGGUCAAUAAAGAAAACUACACAGCGAGAUGUCCGAGUGAUGGUUUGUGUACUAAACUCCCUGCUGAAUGUAUCAGCUGCUCAUAUCAGCACAACUGCACUUACGGCCAACCUACAAACUACAGCUGCACCACCAAACCAAACAUUCGCUGUGUGAAUGAAUCAGGUGAACAUCAGCAGAACUUCACUUUGACUGUGGACUGUCGGUUCUGCUGGCAGUUGGAUUCGUCUCAGUAUCGUUGCUCUCACUCCACUAGCUGUAUGACGGUCUCAUGUCCACGCCGACGAUAUAAUGCUACAUGUGAAGUUCUGGAACACGUGCACUGUUUGGGUAAGCGAGUGUUUCAGAAGCGUUUGUUUUGUAACUGGACUGGAGGAUAUAAAUGGUCAACAGCUCUUGCGCUCAGCAUUACUCUGGGUGGGUUCGGUGCGGACCGCUUCUAUCUGGGUCAGUGGAGAGAAGGUUUGGGGAAGCUCUUCAGCUUUGGUGGUCUGGGUAUCUGGACCCUGAUUGAUGUUUUGCUGAUAGGAGUGGGUUACGUGGGUCCGGCCGAUGGAUCUCUGUACAUCUGAGGUCUUCAGCAGGCUUGUGGGCUAGAGAUUGAAUGACUCUGUUAUCCCAGAUCUUCAUCCUGAUUAGCACAUGUUGCUGUCCAAACUCCCACAGCGUUUGAUUCCCAUCUGCUCUGAAUGUGUGUUCAUGUGUCCAACAGCAUGUCUGAGAAACAUCACCCUCACACACAAACACACACACACACGUCUCCUCUGAGCUGAGGAUGACGAUGAUGAUAAAGAUAAAGAAAAGCAAGUUCUAGAGAUGUAAAUUCUAUUAAAAGAAGGGAAGUCUGAAGAGACUGUACAUUUUGUAUCUGAAUGAUGUAAGAAAUGAUCUGUGAACAGGUGUAAUAUUUAUGUUGUGUAUAUAUAUGUGUAUAUAUGUUACUGAUGGUGACGUACUGCAGUCUGAAAGAAACUAUUCUCUUCUCACAGAUUGUUUUAAUGUUACAGAACCAAUGCGAUAUUAACUGAUCAAUAAACUUGUUUUGGUGACUUUGAA